UUGAGCGUUUGCCUAAACACUAAAAGGUGUUUGCAGAUUUCAUUUACUAAUUAAGAACAUGGAACGUGUUUUCAGGUCUGCUAAAGGAGCUGGUAGUCUGAGGUCAUUGACGCACGGCCGCUCUCUGAUACCACUUUGGGAACUCUUCCUUCUCCUGGAAAGCACUCGCUCUGCAAGUACUCCGUUUCAGAGCCCAGUUUCCACUGAGGCGGUCACGUGGCCUCUUCACCACUAGGUGGCGCCGGGCAGAGCCGCGCCUCCACGAGUGCUCGCUCUCCCAGAAUACCUCUCUCCAGUGACGUCGCCCCGGAAGGUGUCGCCGGCGGCCGGCUGGCCGGGGACCCUGACAGGAACCGGGGCUGUGGAGUGCAGUCAGCCGUCGGCCCGACCCCGCCGUGGCUGCGGGCCGAGGGCCGGCGGAAAGGACACCAGAUGAGUCCGCGACACUGCCUGUGUCUGAUCUGGUCCUGACCGGCAGCAGCUCUCGGCAUUUGUAAGUGUUGGGGGGCCUGAAGGUCCCGGCACCGCCCUUUCUGAGGCAGCCAGAGGCCCCUUGACUGUGCAAUGAAGGCAGCAGUGUUUCUCAGAAGCAUCGCAGGAAGGGUCUAGUUUGGAGUGUAUGUUGGCGGCAGGGAGGGAACAAACAGCUGCCCCAGCCUUGUAGUUGGGAGCCCGACCCCCUGCUUGACUUCCUGAAUAGCAGCCCAGAUUUUUUCGCUCCAGGACGCAGCUUAACGCACCCUUCCCCAACUCUGAAGCUCCCAUAUUGGAAGUAGAAAGAGGGCAGUCAUCUGAGGGAGCCACCUGGUCAUUGCAGCCAUGCAGGCAGAGACUGUGUCCCCGAGCCAGGCGACCCCAGCUGGGUCCAGCUGUAACCUUAAUAACCUGUUGGGUAGCCAGAAGCUGAUGGCUGUGGGGGUUGUGCUCGGCUGGCUCCUGGUCAUCCACCUUCUGGUCAAUGUGUGGCUUCUGUGCCUUCUGUCUGCAUUGCUAGUGGUGCUGGGAGGAUGGCUGGGCUCAAACGCCAUUGUGGGUGCUACAGGCCGACUGCACCUGGAACGCUUUGUCCCAAUUGCCACCUGCCCUCCAAACCCUGAGGCAGAGAGGCAGCUGGAACAGGAGAUCAACCGCACCAUCCAGAUGAUUAUCCGUGACUUUGUGUCAUCCUGGUAUCGCUUAGUGAGCCAAGAUCCAGCCUUUGAGGAAGAAAUGGAGGCAGCCAUGAAGGGGUUGGUUCAGGAGCUCCGGAAGAGGAUGGGCAUGGUGGACAGGCAUGCUCUUGCUCACAGAGUCCUGACUCUCUGUGGUUGUCACCUGCAGAGCUAUAUUCAAGCAAAGGCAGCCACUGCAGCGAAGCAGAAUGGUCCAAUUGAGCCCUCCCAGCUCUGGGAGGCUUACUGCCAGGCUACUGCCCCACAUCCUGCUGUGCAGAGCCCCAGCGCUGAGGUCACCUAUAUGCGUGACAUUGUGGAUGUGUUGCUUCAAGGACUAGUGCCUAAGCCUCACUUGGAAACCCGGACUGGACGCCAUGUAGUAGUUGAACUCAUUACUUGCAAUGUAAUCUUACCACUGAUUGGCAAGCUGUCUGAUCCUGACUGGAUCCACCUUGUCCUUGUAGGCAUCUUUUCCAAGGCCAGAGAUGAUCCAGCAGAAGAGUUGGAACCACUCUGCCUAGCCAGUGCCCUGGAACAGCCCUCAGUGCCCACAUCUCUGCCACUGAUUGUUGAAGUAGACAGUCUGCCAGAAUUAAGAGCUGCUUCUCCAGUAGCAGCUCCAGCACUGCUAUACUGUAGUGAGCCAGAGGGGCCUUCAGGCCCCACCCCAGAGGUUGAAGAAGGCCAUGAAGCUGUAGAAGGAGAUUCAAGUGGCAUUCCAGAAGAAAGAAAAGUAGGAAGCAACUCAUCUCGUUUUCUACAGCCAGAUACUCGAGGCCCCCUGUUCUUAUGUGAAGACUCAGAGCUAGAGUCUCCACUCUCUGAACUGGGGAAAGAAACCAUCAUGCUCAUGACCCCAGGCAGCUUACUCUCUGACAGGAUCCGAGAUGCCUUGUGUGCACUAGGGGGCUCCCAGGCUCUGGAAGCUAAGGAUGGUGAGGGAUUGGAAGGAAUUGAAGGAGCAGAGGGUGAAGAGGAUCCAGGGACAGAAACAGAGACACGCCUGCUGGUCUCCAUGCUGAACACCUGCCCAGAGAUCCAGAUUGACGCAGCAGACAAGCCAGUAGAGCAAGGAGAUGCCGCUUCUCUUACAGCUUUCCCAGAGGGGCCAGAAAUGACCUGCCCCCCACGCCCUUCAUGCUUAGAGAAGGAUCUCACAAAUGGUGUGAGCUCCCUUGAUCCUAGUCUACCACAGGUUCUGCUUUCCUCCUCUCCGCCCAACUCUCUCAGCUCAGCCACCUUCAGCUUUGAGUCCCUCGGCAGUCCAGAUGGCCCAGUAGUCAUCCAGAACCUUCGUAUCACUGGCACCAUUACUGCCCGGGAGCACAGUGGCACUGGAUUCCACCCAUACACACUCUACACUGUGAAGUAUGAGACAUCCCUUGAUGGUGAGAACGCCAGUGGCCUGCAGCAGUUGGCCUACCACACUGUGAAUCGCCGCUACCGAGAGUUCUUGAAUCUGCAGACCCGGCUGGAGGAGAAACCAGAUCUACGAAAGUUCAUCAAAAACGUGAAAGGGCCUAAAAAGCUCUUUCCAGAUCUCCCCUUUGGAAACAUGGAUAGUGACAGAGUAGAAGCCCGUAAGAGCCUUCUGGAAUCAUUCCUAAAGCAACUGUGUGCCAUUCCUGAGAUCGCCAACAGUGAGGAGAUGCAGGAGUUCCUCGCUCUCAAUACAGAUGCUCGUAUUGCCUUUGUCAAGAAACCUUUUAUGGUCUCCAGAAUAGACAAGAUGGUGGUGAGUGCUAUCAUGGAUACCUUGAAGACAGCGUUUCCUCGCUCUGAGCCCCAGAGCCCCACAGAGGAGCUGAGUGAGGCCGAGACAGAAAGCAAGCCCCAAACAGAAGGCAAGAAGGCCAACAAGACCCCAGAUGAUCCCUGGAAACACUCAUGGCCAACAUGUGGAAGGGCACUAAACAUACUUACCCUUGCUGAAAACUUCAUCAGAAUACAGACCGUGAUGAGGAGAGAAAAGAGAGAAAGAGUGUCCAGACUGAGGUUCUCAUCCAGUAAAAUUGCUCCUGCAUUGAGUAUGACUGAAGUACAUGAGAAGGUCCUCUAUUGUCUCCAAGAAGGCAAUAUGGAAUCAGAGAUCCUGUCCCUGUCUGGAAUGGAAUCCUUUAUUAAAAAACAGAGUAAGUUAUUAGAAAUGCAGCCAGAGGAAGCUCCAGAAACAGAUCCUGAACAAAUCCACAAAGGAUGUGUGGAUGGUUGCUUGUCAGACGCAUCUGUGCCAGCCCAUGAUCUCAGCAACAGUGAUCCAGGGACAGAGACAGAGUUAGCUGACACAGCCCUGAAUCUGCUUCUCUUGCUGCUCAUGGAACAGUGGAGAUGGCUAUGUACUGAAAACGUGAAGAAAGUUCUUCAUCUGGUCUUCGGAACCCUAAUUCAGAGAUGGCUGGAGGUACAGGUCGCUAAUCUGACAUGUCCACAGCACUGGGUGCAGUACCUCCGGCUUCUCCAGGAGUCCAUCUGGCCUGGGGGACUCUUGCCUGAGUCACCGCGGCCUGUAAGGACCCAAGAGCAGAAGGUGGCUGCUGAGAAACAGGCGUUGCAGAGCUUGAUGGGAGUCCUGCCAGAUAUUGUAGUAGAAAUCCUUGGAGUGAACAAAUGCCGGCUGAGCUGGGGUCUAGUCUUAGAGUCACUGCAGCAGCCCCUCAUCAACAGGCAUUUGAUUUACUGCCUUUGGGACAUUAUCCUGGAAUUCUUGGAUCUCAGAGCCUCAGUUGAGGAGUCUACCACAGCCACCUCUGCCUCGGAUACUCCAGGCAGCCCCAAGAGGAUGGGUGUCUCCCCUCAACUAUAGGCCAUGCACUUCUCAAAGGUCAGGAAAGGAGAGUUGUCUAGCCCCCCAGGGACCAGUCAGGAAGCCCAUGCCCCUGGGACUAGGCUAGGUCAGAAGGCCUAGGGUCGCAGCGGCACAGCUCUCCCCCGGUUCUCCUCCAUUUGUAGCAGGGGACAGGCAGGAUAUGUGGACCAAUACAUGCAUACCCAUUUCCAUAUCUUUUCUGUGGUGUUCGGAUUGUUGCUGGUGGGUAGAUCCUGAAUCCUUAGGAGAAGGAAGCUGUGAGGAAGAGGAAUCAGCCCCUGUUUGCCUCUCCCUUCACCCUCCUCCAUAAAAUUGUUGUUUGCCUAUAGCCUGGCCCCAUGUACACACAAGAUCUAGAUAGAAGAGGAGGAAACUGUAGCCAGAUUUUCUUUGAGGAAAAGACAGUCUUCUGAGCCCUCUGUUCGCAGCAGGACACUGAAAUGCACUCAGGCCCACUGUUGAAGGCCAGAUCUCCGGGUCCUACCUGGUUUCCCAACAAUUCCAGGAGAAGCGGUGGGGGGGUGGGGGGACAGAUUUCUCAAGGGACUUCUCACUUGUUGGCUGUUUUCCAACACAUCAGCCUAUGGAAGAUGUCAUGAAGGUUGGCUACCUAGUAGGUACACUUUCUUGUCCUGAAGCCUUCAAAUCAGACUGCCCAGGCUUCUGGUAAACCCACCCACCCUUCACACCCUUGCUGAAGGGAGUGGCACCACAGAUUUUGUUUAUUUUCUUCCUUUGAGCAGUUGAGAUUUUGCCUUUAUGACCUUCUCUCUAUCUUCUGGCAACAAAAUUGCAUGGCAAGUUGCAUAGUCAACCUCCACCCUUCCACAAAGAGAAGAAACACUUGUUCCACAAGUGAGAAUGCCCAAAGAGUAGGAGGACCUGGGGGACUGAGGUGGUCUCUGUUCACAAGUCCCUGACAGGAACUCUGUACUCUGAACAAAUAACGCUAGCAAACGUGCAGGGGAUUAGUUAACCACGAAAAGCUUUUUGCGCCCUGUUUCUUAAGGAUCUAGUUAACCUUCAGAGUCAGUGAUGAAGCCAAAGGUGCUGGGUCAGGCUGCACUGUCUA